AUUACGUUCAUUUUAAAGGUGUGUGAAUAUACAUAUAUACUACAUACACGUUCUAUCAUAUUCAUAUCUUAUUAAUUUUCUCCAGUCUCUUAUUCACACAGGGAGGAGAAGGAGAAAGAAAGAUGGUGUUGUCUCGGAGGUUAGCUCAGGUGUCCUCGAGUGACGACGAAGAGAAAUCUGUACGGGAGACGAGGUCUCAGGGACAGAACUCAAGGAGACUUGAGAAAACAAUGGAGGGAAAGAGGAGGAAGCAUAAUAUGGUGAGGCUGUACGACGAGGAAGAGAAGGAGAAAGAUGACGAAGAUGAGGAGAGGGAAGGAGGAGGAGAAAAGCUCCAUGGCGCGAAACCGGUUGGUGAGCCGGUUAAAGUUACGGGUAAAGGCAGAAGGAGAAGAACCCAUUAUGGGCAGUUCGAGCAAGGCGGUCACAGAUACAAGCUGGAGGAUUCGGUGCUAUUGUAUCCAGAACACAAUAGUGAAAAGCCUUAUGUUGCCAUUAUCAAGGAUAUUACCCAAAAAAUAGAGGGACGCAUGAUGAUUCUGGGACAGUGGUUUUAUCGUCAAGAAGAAGCAAAGAAAAAGGAUGGUGGAAACUGGGAAACAUAUGAUACACGAGAACUGUUCUACAGUUUCCAUCGUGAUGAGUUCCCAGCAGAAUCUGUGAUGCAUAGAUGUGUGGUGUAUUUUAUUCCAGCUCAUAAGCAACUUCCGAAACGCAAAAAGAACCCUGGUUUUUUCGUGCGAAAGGUGUAUGAUACUGAUAACAAGAAGCUGUGGGAGUUUACUGAUAAGGUUUAUGAAGUUGCAAAACAACAUGAAAUUGACCUCCUUGUGGAAAAGUCAAUGUUGCGAUUGGGUGAUCUUCCUGACCUUGAAACUGAGGAAGAUUUAGAGAAGGCUAAUAGAUCUUCCCGGAAAGAAAACAUACCUUCUGUUUAUGUUAGAAAGGAGGAAGAUGAGUAUCAUUCUAUCCUACGCAAGUUUAAUUCACUUACAAAUGAUGCUCAUCGUAACAAUUGUUUGGCGAAGCUUCUGAAAGCAGUCCACAACAUAUGCAUUAACGCUGGUGAUGAAGCAAAUGUGGGUUCAGCUGAAUCCCAUCUUCAACAGGCUGAUGAAAAUGGAUCUCCGUCAAAGAAUGAGAGUUUUCUCUGGCCAAAUGCUGCUGUUCCUCGGGUCUGUGCUCUUGAGAUGGCUUUACAUGUUUCUCUUGCAUCGGAUUAUUCUAAAUACAAUCAAAGGAUAAGGGCAUUGGCAUUCAAUCUGAAGAACACCGCACUUCUGGCUAAACGACUGCUCAAUGGGGAGUUAGAACCUGCCAAGAUUUUGAAAAUGUCACCCAUUGAGUUAAAGGAGGGCCUAACUCAUGAGGAAACACAGAGGAAUGAGCCUGAUGAUGCGGAACGAAUGCAGAUGACUAAUGUAAGAUGCUCGAGAUGCAGUGAAAUUAAAGUUGGCCUGAAGGGCAUCAUUCAAGCUGGGCAUGGAGAUUGCUAUCAGCUGGAGUGUAUUGCAUGUGGACAUUCCUGGUAUGCCUCAAGGGAUGAGGUAUCAACUCAGACUAAAGACAGUGAACAACCUGCCCUGGGCACAAAGACUGCAGACGUUGAGAAGAAUUUAACCAGUCCUCGUGAAGUGAGAAGAAAGCAACAGAAGAAUCAUCGAAGACAACCAAUGGCUUGAAAAAAACCAAUGGCUUCAGGAUUGUUUUUUUUUCUAAAAAAAAACAAUCCUGAAGCCACCAAGUAAAGAAAGAUUGUUUAGGGUU